UUCCACCACAAGCAGCAAGAUUUGGUGCUGGGGGCGCAUCCGUGGUGCCCUUCUGGUGAUGGCUCUGUGCCGAAUGUUAAUCCAUGUGAGCCCCCCGCUGCAGCGUAUUCUCAAAGCUACCGCUACCCUCCCAGAUACCACUCCAAGGCUCCACGUAAUUUAUUCGCAAUCAUCGUCCUCGUCCAUGGAAAAUCCACCGGAAGGUUACCGACGAAAUGUCGGAAUCUGUCUUGUUAACACCUCUAAGCAGGUUUUUGCUGCAUCGAGGCUUGAUAUUCCAGAUGCUUGGCAAAUGCCGCAGGGUGGGAUAGAUGAAAAUGAGGAUCCAAAAAAUGCUGCCCUUAGAGAAUUGAAAGAAGAAACCGGUGUUACUUCUGCUGAUAUUAUUGCUGAGGCACCAUUUUGGUUGACCUAUGAUUUCCCUUUAGAUGUAAGGGAAAAACUCAAGGUGCAAUGGGGUUCCGACUGGAAGGGUCAAGCCCAAAAAUGGUUUCUUUUGAAAUUUACUGGGAAGGAUGAAGAGAUCAAUCUCUUGGGUGAUGGGACUGAAAAAGCUGAGUUCGGAAGCUGGUCGUGGAUUUCACCCCAAGAAAUAGUGGACCGGGCAGUUGAUUUCAAGAAACCUGUGUACGAGCAAGUUUUGAAGUUUUUCUCUUCAUAUCUUGUAUAGAUCAGAUCACAUCAGGUCGAUAUACGCCAUAUAUCUCUGGUUCUGGUUGAUGCCUAAUGGGAAUAAGCAUAAGGUACAACAAUCAAUAAUAAGUUGAGUUAAACUUGCAGUUUAUGGUGAGUGAUUGUAUAACGUAAAAUAUAGUAAUUGGCAAGCCCCCAUUUCCAAGCAGCAGCAGGGAAAAUGGGAGUUGCCUCCUCCCUCCUGGGCUUGGCCUGCUUUGUAGCAUCAUGAUGCAAUACAUACAUACAUACAUAAAUAUAUGCAUGGGCUGGACGUGAUCCCAGCUAUAGUUAGUAGUUAGUAUGAUUAUACUUCACCACUUGGAUGGGAUGGGUCAUAGAUAGAUAGAUAGCAGUAGCAUUUAUUCACUGGUAGAAGAAGACGGGAGGAACAGGGCACUGUUAACUUGUUAAUCUACUACUCCAUUUUUUUUU